AUGAAGGGCAUUGCCAUCCUCGCCGGCCUGCUGGCUACCGGCGCCUCAGCACACAUGCAAAUGAUGAAGCCCUAUCCCAUCCGCAGUCCCCUUAACAAGAACAGCGACGAGAAGAAGGACUACUCCUACACCAACCCACUGCAACCAUCCGGUAGUGACUACCCGUGCAAGGGCUACGCCAACGACACCUUCCAGUCCCAAGCAAGCUACUCCCCUGGUAAGAGUUACGAGCUGGAGCUCGACGGUAGUGCUGUCCACGGCGGCGGUUCCUGCCAGCUUGCCUUGACUUAUGAUCGCGGUGAGACGUUCAAGGUCAUUGAGUCCAUGCUCGGCGAGUGCCCUAUUUCCAAGAACUAUACCUUCCAGAUUCCGUCUGAUGCACCCACGGGCGACGCCCUGCUGGCCUGGACGUGGUUUAACAAGGUCGGUAACCGGGAGAUGUAUAUGAACUGCGCGAUGGUCACUAUUGGUGGCUCUGGAGGUGGUAACAAGAGUCAAUCCAGUUCCAGUUCCAGCAAGGGAUCGCACGGCAGGAAUAUGAUGCACGAGGAGAUGAGCGUUGAGGAGAUGCAGCACAUGAACCACCCACCGAUGGAGCAUACCAUGGAGGAACGUGACAUGAACGAUGUCUCCGUGAUGGUGGACCAGUCCAAAGCCACUGCCUUUGACAGCUUGCCUGACCUUUUUGUCGCCAAUGUUGGUCAGACCGGUGGCUGUGUGACUAUCGAGGGUGAGUCGGUAGACUUCCCGGAGCCUGGUCCACACGUAGUGGGCAAGACCGAUGGCAAGGGCAAAGGCUACAAGUGCACGGGCAACGCUCCUUUCCUCGGCAGUGACAGCACCAGCAGCGAUACCAGCUCGUCCAACUCGACUACUUCUACCAACUCGUCGAUCUCGGGCUCUGCCAAGGACAACAGCACUUCCUCUUCCAAUAAGGCCGGUGACAAAUCCGAUAAGCAGGCGAACGACGACUCCAACAAGAAGUCCGCCACCUCCAGCUCUCCCUCUUCUGACCCCCGCGUCUUGAGUGGCCAGUCGAGCCAGGUUGCUUCCACCAGCAGUGCCUUUUCCAACUACGAUGGCCAGUGGACUUGCACUUCUGGCGAGAUCCUGUGCUCUCCUGAUGGAUACACCUGGGCUAUGUGCUCCAACCAGCGGCCGAUCUUCAUGGGCAAUGUCGCCGCAGGCAUGACUUGCCGCUUCGGCCAGAUGGUUCGGUCUGGCUAA